AAAACAUCAGAAAGGUCAAAAGAAAUAAGAAUAACCAAUUUUGACAUUGACAUAUUUAUCUCUGAACGUCAAAGUGACAGUAAUGUAAAAAAAACAAUUUUCGUACUAUUGUAUUUUUAAACAAUUUUUAAUAACCAUUCCAACAAUAGAUAAUAAAAUUCAACUAUAAAGGACUGUUUUCAAUAAAGUAUGUUUAUAAUUAAAACACAUAUUUUUUUCUUAUACUUAAGUAUGUUUUUAUAGAUGUCAUGAAUUUUUCUGCCCAAGAAUUUAUGUUUGGGAGACAAAGAGUACGACAAUGGGUACCUCUAAUAACACAACAGUCUCGACUAAGACAUGUAUACCAAAUAAUGGGUUUAAACAUUGGGACAGACGCAGCUAGCUACUAUUAUACGUUACAUCUCACAACUAUGUGUGCUCCAUUCUAUACUAGUGAAUCUGUUUCAAAUCCAAAUCCAAAAUGGGCUGAAUUAAACCUAAUGAAUAUGCCAAAUCUAUCUGCAUCAUGUAUAGUUUUAAGAAUAUGGCAACACACAGAUAAUGGAGCUGACAAGAUCAUUUUAACUUGGGGUGUAAACUUUUCAGGUCUUUGUUAUAUAGGAAAUAAGAUUUCUGACAUUCAGCCAUUCUUUUUUAAAAAGAAUUCUGUGAUAUUUUGUAUGCAGGGUGGAUUCUAUACUAGUCAUGAAGUGAUUAGAACUGACCUGCAGAAGCCUGUACCAUUUAUAAAUAAUGUUAAUCUCAUAGAAACUGCUAAAAAUAAGGUUAUAUAUAAGAGGAUAGCUGUUAAGUCAAAUCACCACCUUGAGGUUCAACCUAGUUACAAUAUAGAAAAACUUAAGAGACUGCACCACUUGCAAGUACAGAUUCGAAAAACUGAGGCUGAUGUACAGAAUAUUAGGGAUAAAAUUAAUGUGUUGAAUGGUUUUAACGUAACCACAGACAAAGAUGUAGGAAAUUGUAGUCAAAGUACUUCAUUUAGUAACAUUAGAUAUGCUCCCCAGCUUCUUACAAUGAAUUCUUUAAAUAAAAUGCUUCAGGAAAAACCUACACACAUUCAAAAACAAGAGAUGGUUAAAAUUAAUAAAGAAAUUGAAGUAACUAAAUUUAAAACGAAGUUACUUUCACAAGAAAAGGUGAAGAAAUCUGUGAUAAUUAGGAGUCUUAAACAGAAACAUGCAGCUAUGGUUGAAAAUAAUGAAGAAAGAAAUUCUGAUUUGAUGGAGAAUUACCACAAACUAAGUAGAGGUUUAGAAAAAUUAAAAGAAUACAAAAAGAAUCUUAUACAUCACAGAGAAAUGUACACUAAUAUUUAUUCCCAAUUGCAACAGAGAAGAAGGCAGCUUUUGAAAGAGCUCUUAUUCAUAUUUCCUAUAGAAAAGACUUCCCAAGAUAAAUACACCAUUAUUGGCAUACAUUUACCCAAUUCUGAUGUAUUAGCAGAUUGCAAUGAUAGUGGCUUUUCUGUAGCCUUAGGAUACAUUGCUCAUAUUUUGAUAAUGUGCUCAACUUUCCUUCAAGUGCCGAUUAGAUACCCUUUGACCCAUUAUGGAUCAAGAUCUUUCAUUACUGAUAAUGUGUCUCCCUUAUUACCUGAUAAAGAAAGAGAUUUCCCCUUGUAUACAAGAGGCAAAGAAAAAGCCCAAUUCACCUACGCCGUAUACCUUCUGAACAAAAAUCUGGCGCAAUUCAGAUGGCUGAUCUACAUGAACACCACCGAUCUCAAAGCCACACUCUACAACCUUCUUACAUUCCUUCAAGGUCCGAGAGAUCUGAGAAUCGACCAUCAUCCGUUGCCGAAAAUCGAGGUACCGCUUCAAAAAAAGCUAGAAAUCGACAAGCUUGUUUCUUUGCGUAGUUUCAACACGAUAUCCAACGUCUCAGAUCCAUUGCUUGACUGCAUCAGGCACGAAAACCGGCUACAGCGGUCCAGCAGUCCCGGUAGAGAGAAUAGAGUAGAUAGACACAACGGUGGUGGGAAAAAAUGCGUGCACUCUGAAUGCGGUAGGGGGUUGAGCGAAAUUUUGGCUGUGCCUGAGGCUUAUAUGAGUAGACAGAUUAGUUCGGACUCGUUUAGAAAUUUUAUGUUCACCGGUAGGGGGAGGGGAGCACCGGAUGUGGAUGCAUGUUGUGGAUCCUCAACAGCCUCAGAAUCAAAUUCCAUCACAAAUUCCAUAAAAAUAACGAACGGUAAAGAAAUAGAUAAAGCGUCAGCUUCUAAAAAGCCGAUGUUAGUAGAACAAGGUACGGAUCCUUUAGCGACGACUUCGGAUACUUUGCCUGUCAAAAUAAAUGAUGUUAAUUUACGUGAGAAGAAAGAAAACUCUAGUAAAUACGGAACUAAUAGACUUAGUAGAUCUGUAGGAUCGUAUUCUGAUGAUGAGCAUGGUCUAGUUCUGAGGACAAAUUUCGAAUUAGGAUCUGAACCGUCGCUGUUAGUUUCUUGUGACGACCAAAACUCCCAAAAUGCGACGACCGUCGAAUCUAAAGAAACCCAGCAGGAAUUUUUAGAAAAAUGGCUGGAAAGUACACCGAAUUUUGCUUUUGGCAGUGAAGAAAUAUUGUCAAAGUCUCCGAAUAACUUUGUUUCUGAAAAAAGUCCUUUGAUGGCAAGGACCAAUGCUCUUCGUACUACGACCACUUUUAAUUUAGUGAAACCCAAGUAAAGUUUUACUACUAUUGUUGGUCAAUUUUUCCGGCUGUUUAAAUUAAUGUACUAUUUAUAUUUAAUCCAACUAUAUUGUAUCUAUUAUAAAAAUAUUUACUUUCAUUUGUAAAACAUUUGACUUAUUUCAUGCAUCACGUCAAAUGUCAUUAAAAACUGACAUUUGACACAUUAUUUUCAUAAAUGACCCUAAUAUAAUUUUCUUAUUAGAGAGUUAUCGCCAAAGUCUUGAUUGAAGACGGUAACCUUAUUUUGACAGCUAAGCAUGCAUAUUACUAUUUUAGUAAGAAAUAGUGCUAAACAAGAAUACGGUAUUUCCUUAUUUUAGGAAAAAUACGGAAACCUUAUAAUUGGAAUACGGUCACUUACUCGUAUAUGAAUGGGGCUAUUUGAACUAUUCCGCAAAUGUCAUUCGGGUCGUGGGAAGAUGGAAUGUGCUUCUCGCAUCAAAUAAAAUUAUUAUGAGGUGUAUUUGAUUUUCAAGUGGGUAAUGAAAUUUUCAAAGUACGAAUUUGAAUAAUAAAGUUUAAAAUUUAUAUCGAAAAAUAAUUUUGUACUGGUGAGA